CCACUGGCUCAUUUUGCUGGUGGUGCCACCAGCCCAGCUGCAGCUGGUGUCCAUCCAAGGCCUUCAGCCAUCCCCUGGUGGCACAGAGCCUUCCUCACUCAUUCAGUCUCCCUCUCCUUUCUCCUCUGUCUUCUCCUGGUGUUUCUUUCCAUUUCCACAGUUAAACGUGUUUCACCCCUGCCCCUUCCACCUGCAGCUGGAGCCCGCUGGGAGGGAAGGAGGCACUGAUCUCACAUCAGCAGCCCCAGGCUGGCAGCACCGCCCUGGGCACCAAGGAGGGGAACAGGCCAUUGUUCUGGGGAGCCUGCAGCCCCCUCCACACUGCUCCCUGCAUCCCCCUGCCUGCACCCUGCCAGUUCCCUGCCUUUUCACCCCAUCCUGUCCAGCCCAUCCCACGAGGAUGAGCCUCUUCCCCACCCUGCCAGGUGCAGCAAUGCAGGAUGUGCCCAACUCACCCCAAUCCAGCUCAGAGGGGCCACAGUUGCUGUGGCAUUAUCUUGUCACGGCCUGGGAGAGCCUUGGCACCAUCCUGGCACUGUCCUGCUGUGCAUGGCCAGGGCAAGGAUGGGGACAGUGGUCCCUGUGCUUGGCCCAUGCCUACACGGCACUAAGGAUGGAGCCUCCAAUAAGCACCACAUGAGGCUGUGCCAGGCUGCAGUGCCACACCACACCAAAUUGCAGCACCCCAUGCUGCACUGUGCCAGGCCAUGCUGUGACACACCUAUACCGUGCCAUGACAUUCCAUGCCAGGCCACAGUUCCAUCCCACACCACACAGUUCUAUGCCAUGCUGUGCCACACUGUACCAGGCUGAACCACACCAUACCAUGCCAUGCCAUGCCAUAUCAACAUGAACCAAACCAUGGUAAAACAUCUCACACCAUGCCAUGUCAUGCUAUGCCACCAAGAGCCACGCCACACUGUACGUUCCCGUGCCACCCACCCCAUACCAUACAGUGCCAUGCAGUGCCAUUCCAUGCCACACAGUGCCGUACCGUGCCGUACCGUACCGUGCCGUGCCGUGUCAUUCCAUUCCGUGCCGUGCGGUGCAGCGGAGCGGGGCGGGGACUGGGGCAGGUGUUGCUCCCCCCGCUCCUCCCUCCGCUCAAGCCCAGACCCGUCCGUGCCCCGGCGCAGCAGAGCCGGCAGCGGCGGCGGGCCCAGGAUCUGCCGCCAGCCCAGACGGAAAAGAAAGGAAAACUGGCAGAGGUGCGCAGUGAAACCAGCUGGGGCGGGAGCGAGGGGCCCCCGCGCCCCCCCCCGCCGCACCCCUACCACCUUUGAGCCCUUCAAGAGUGUCACCCUUCCCCCGCCCCGCGUUGUCCGCACCCUUUAUUUAUGGGUCCCGGCGCGGCAUGGGGGAGGCAAGUGACACGGACAGCGGGAUCAUGCUGCACUCGGGCCCCGACAGCCCGGUGUCCCCGCCGAAGGAGCGGGUGCAGGCGGGGCGGCGGCAGCAGCAGGCGCUGGAGGCGCGGCUCGACGGCUGCGUCCAGGAGCUGCGGCGGCUGUGCCUGCGGGAGGCGGAGCUGACAGGGACCCUGCCCCGCGAGUACCCCCUGAAAGCCGGCGAGAAGCCCCCCAAAGUCCGGCGCAGGAUCGGGGCUGCCUUCAAGCUGGAUGAGAUUGUCGUUCUGCGUGGGGUGGACCCUCUGGAACGGGAGCGGGCACUGCAGCUGCAGAUUGCCGAGGCCUCCCGCCGGCUCUGCCACGAGGAGAACAUUGGCCGGCGGGUGCGGAAGAGGCGGCAGACGGCGGCGCUCCGGGAGGAGCAGAAGCUGCGGGACCUGGAGCAGGUCCUGAUCCAGCGGCGGCUCCUGGCAGGGCAGCGGGACACAAGCACUGCCGAGGAGCUCAGUGCCUCCGACGAGAGCUCCAUGUCUGACGCCGGCCUGCUGGAGGAGGAGGACACACGGCCACCAGGACCUGCCACCCCACGGAGGUCCCCAUCUCCAAAGGACCCCGCCGAGGAGGAGGAGGAGUCAGGGCUUCUGACGGCCCCCCCCACUCCCUGGCAGGAGACCAGCCUGGACAGACCCUAUGAGAGGGCCAAAAAUGCCAGUGUGGACCCUGAGGAUGGGGAAACCCAGAGCUCCCAGUGCUAUCUUGGGUCCCUGAUGGCUGCCCCCGCCAGCUCCUUGGCCCCCGGCAGCCCUGACCCCACAGGCUCCCCAGCAUCCAGGACAGGGGACCCUCCCUACCGGUUCAUCCCCAUCCGGACCCUGGUGCUGUGCCAGCAGGCGGGUUCCAGCGCUCCCAGCACCCCACAGCCAUCAGGACGGCGGGCACAGACCCAGUCCCUGAGGGUGGACCCGUGCUGGCAGCCAGCCGAGCCGCGGGGCCGCAGCGUCGCACCCCGCCGGCGCCCCACCUACUACACGGUCACCGUGCCCACCUCCUGCAUCCUGAGCCCCGGCCCCGCGUGCCGCUCUGGCUCCGAUGACAGCAUCUCCGACCUCUCCAGCAUCUCCCACGCCACCUCCCCGGGCAGCAGCAGCCCUGACGUGUCCUUUGCAGUUCCGCUGCCCCUUACCGAGCCUGGUUACCACCCGCGAGGUGCCCUCCAGUUCCUGCCGUCCGCUGGCCCCCCGACUUUCCUGUACGAGCAGGAUCUGGCCCCGCUGCGGUACCAGCGCCUGGUGCCCUCCCGCAGCCGCAUUGUGCGCACGCCCUCGCUCAAGGACUACGCGCCCGCUGGGGCCCGGGGGCUCUCCAAGGCUGCCGUCACUGAGGAGCUCAAGUCGUGGCACCAACGUGCCCAGCUGAGGGGUGCCCGGCCCCACUCCCUUGACCGGCAAGGGGCUUUCCGGAGACCCCAUGGUGGGACCACUAGGGAGGGGCCCAUUGCUCGUGGAGUCCUGUCACUGGUUCAGGGCCCCCCGGUGCAGGUGCUGCGACGCUCAGCAGCCGGCGUGCCUGUGCAGGUCUACGUGCCCGAGAACGGUGAGAUCGUCACACAAGUGUGAGUGCCCACACCCCCAGCCUGGGGCAGGGGGCACAUCCUGGCUGGCCCAGGCACGGCGGGGAUGUCUCACGCCUCCCCACCCCGGCGUGGGGGCACGGGUGGGAGCCACGGCAGGGUGGCAGGGGCUGGCCCCCACCCUGUGUUCCCUCACUGGCACUGCGAUGCUGAUAGGGACACUGUGACCCCGAUGCUUGCGGUGACCUUGGUGUCACCACGAUCCUGAAUUUGAGGUUCUGGUCUCUAAUAAAGGUGCUUUUUGGGAUACGUCA